GGCGCCCCCACUCGAAGCAAAGUGAAAUUGGCUGGCAAGCCGGCGCCCCCAUCAGGAAGAGGCGCUCUAGGCGGCCGCCUUUGUCGCCUAUAUGAUUGACCGGCCCUAGGUCAGAGAAGUUAACGGGAAAAUUCAGCCAGAUGGCUGGAGGCGCCUCCCAGAGCCGCGUGGGGGGUGGUGGUAGGCGGAGCGCUUAUGUAUGCCGGUGUAGAGAGUCUGGGGCGUGACUCGCACACGCCCCCAGCGCCGGCGACAAAAGGCGAGCCUGCGCGGGCCGCCGCUCACACGAGGCGCGCAGGUGGGCAGCCGGCAGGUGGACACCGAAGGUGGUGAUGUUGAUGGGAUGAUCAGUACCUAAGACGACCACCGCACGGCUGAUGGUAACCAGUAAAGGCUGCAGGUAACAGGAUGAUGGCGAUAAUGGUCACGUGGUUUGAGGAUGCCAGCUGUGCCCAGGACAACACCCUGCACUACCUGUUCCUCCUGCUGUUUAAGGUGGGCCUCAAUGUCCUCAUCCUGGCCUCCUGCUUUCGGAGCCUGAGGGGCUCCUUCAUGGGGAUCAGCGGCGCCUCCUUGUGUCUGGCAGACACACUGCUGCUGUGCUGCAUUGCCUACGUGUGGCUCUGUGGCCGCGACGCCGAGAGCGUCGGGUCUGUGUCCAUGUGCUUCGUGCUGGCGCAUGCCUCCGCCAUCUACUCCUCUUUGCCGCUCCCCAUCUUGCUGCUGGGGCUCCUGGACCACGCGCUCCAUCUGCGGCUGGGCUCCCAGCGCACACAGACCAUCAGGCUGCCCACCUGCUCUGUGCUGGUGCUGCUGGUUUGGCUGCUGGCCGCUCUCCACUCCUACUGGCACACGGAGACGGCGGUGGAGGAGGUGACGGACGAGGGCCGACGCGUGGCUCUGCUCUGCGCCGUGCGCGGCUCCUCUGUGGUGCUCGCCUUCUGCAUGGUGCUCUCCGUGGCUGUCGUCUGCGUCCUGCUGCUGUCCUGCCACAGGGCAUCGCUGUGGACUGGCCACUUGGCUGCCAGCCAGCCGGAAGAUGGGAAGCAGCCAAUCGAUGACGAGGGUGAGGUGUCGGUAACGCCUGGGCCGGCAGUGAAGCCGGUCCGCCCCCUCUUCCUCAACCUCGCACUGGCCUUCACCCUGAACUGGACCCCCUUCCUGAUCAUCAAUAUCGCCUGUGUGCUGCUUGGCUUUGCCACACCUUCUUACAUAAUGGUCAACUUGCUCUGGCUCCUCUGUGCCAACAGCGCCAUGGUGGCGAUCGUCUUCUGGUACAAAGGCGGCCAGCUGGAUUACGGCGCCGAGCUCCCGGACGACACGUGCAUGUGGACGCUGAACUGGCACACACAGCCGGGAUUACACUGGCAAGGCGCAGUGCCCGAGCACAUCUACACUGUGUCUGGCAAAGAGAUGACAGACCCACUGCUGGUAUGACUCAAACACUGCGCCCCUCAGGAAUGUCCUUGGUGCCUAAGGGAAUCUGCCAAUUCUCACGGAGCUAAAAAUGGCAGCAGAAUAAAGGCAUAUAUGCAAAUAUCCAAUCAAA